AUUACAUUGUAUUCUGUGUUCGUUUUAAGAUGGCAGACGCUGCUGUUGAAACAACAAAUAAUGAUGAAAAUGAUGAUUCGUGGUUGUACGGUGAUUCUAACACUGACCAAAAUGAAGAUGCCGAAGGGCAACAAAAAGCUCCUGAAAGUGCUAAACAACAAACAACUUCUAUAGGUGAAACUGGGGAGCAAGAAGAUAAAGAACCAGAAGAAGAAGGUAAUGAUGAUUCACAUUUUAAUGAUGAGCAUUUUGGUGAAGUGGAACGUGAGGAAGGUGGCGAGACAAAUGGAGAUGCCGAUAGUCAAGACAAUGGAGAUUCUGACUCUGAUGAUAGUGACGAUGUUAAAGUUACCAUUGGAGAGAUUAAGUCUGGUCCUCAGGCGUAUGCUAGCUUAAAUAUAAAGCGAGGAGUUGGAUUAGUAGCAUCAGGUGGUGAGAAAACACGACCAGGCCCCACAGCUGGAGGCAAAGUCAAUCUUGAAGACCUUGAGGGUCCUGGUAGCAUCAAUGGAGUGCCAGCACUUGAGUUUAACAUUGACACUAUUGAAGAUAAACCAUGGAACAAACCUGGUGCUGAUAUCUCAGAUUAUUUCAAUUAUGGUUUCAAUGAGGUUACAUGGAGUGCUUAUUGUGAGCGUCAGAGGCGAAUGCGGGUCAAUGAAGCUGGUGUGGGCUUGCAUGUUGGACCCACUGCACCUGAAAUGAGGAGACCCACAGGUCCAGUAAGACACGAUGAUGGCCCACCUCCAAUGCAGAAUAAUUAUCAAUCUAGAGAAAAUACAAUUCAGGUGAUGACUGCCGAGCGUCGUGAGUACGGUCGAGGCACAGGAGCUCCACCCACGGAUUACUUCCAACCGCCAGAACACUUUUAUCCGCCUCAUAACUAUCAGGAGCCAGUGUGGGGUGCACCCGAACAGACUGGAUGGGCGCCAACUGAAAUAAAGGAGCUAACUCCUGGUCCCAUGGCUCCUCCGGCAAUGGUGCCUCCGAUAGGAGUUGCGCCCACCAUGGCUCCGCCGCAUAUGGGCGCUCCGCCGCACCCGAUGGGAGCCCCCUUUUCCCCAUAUAGGCCUCCGCCCAUGCACGUUCAUGACCGUGAACGUGAUCGUGAUCGUGACAGAGAUCGAGAUCGUGAUCGCGACCGUGACCGUGAUCGCAUUCGGGAACGUGAAGAAAGGGACCGUCGCGAGAGAGAUAGAAGAGAGGAGGACGAAAGAGAACAUCGGGAAAGAUCGCGAUCAAUCAAACCGGAUAGGUCUCGUGAAAAAUCCUACAGACGUGAAAGGUCCCGAUCGAGAUCCCGCCGCCACAAAUCGAGGUCACGUUCACCGCGACCACGUGAGCGCUCUCGUGAUCGUGACCGCUCACGCGACCGUGAACGUAGCACUAAACCUAAGUCUAAGGAAUCUAAGGAAAAGGAGGACGAUAAAUAGGCCUAGCCUAUGGUGGUUGUUAUAACGAUUUAAGCUUAUAAUAAAUUGUACUAAGAGUU